ACUCCUUCAUCUUUCUUUUCCUCGAGCACUUGAUCUCCACUCAUGUUUGUGCGGUACCGGCCGUCGUACUUCGGCCAUAAUGCAGCUUCUGAAGGGUCUCUCCGGACUAUUAUCGGUCGCCGAAGCUGGCGUAUAAAACUAACGGGACCUGAAUCGUAUCUGUGAUAAGACCACUUGCGACUCUCGCGCGGCGGGCUAGUUCUUCUUGCAGGCGUCCUUCUUGUCACCUGAAGCCAUGGUCUUCCACAUCUACGUCGGGUCGUACACAAACGAGAUUUACACCCUCGCUUUUGAUCCCGAUGUCCCGUCGCUCACGCUGGUCUCGACACUAACCGUCGGGUUUCAUCCUUCUUGGCUAACCCGACAUCCCAAAGAUGCGUCCGUUGUCUUCGCGGGAUUGGAGCAGGCCGAUGGCAAGAUCGCCGCCGUCAAGUUUGACGACAAGGGACAUGGAACGCUGCUCGGAUCCGUGUCGAGCGGAGGAGGCUCGCCAUGCACGCUUGUUGCGACAGACUCUGAGCUACUCAUCGGAAACUACGAGACGGGCACGUUCGCCGCCAUCCCUCUGUCACCGGAAGCGCCUCAUUUGAAUGAAUCUGGACUCGCCUUGUUGUCGUUUUCUGGAACGGGACCUAACAAGGAACGCCAGGAGGGAUCGCAUCUCCACCAAGUCGUCAUCCAUCCUGAUCACCAAGAAUUACUCAUACCAGAUCUCGGCGCGGAUAAAACGUGGAGAUUGGCGAAGGACGGUGGUGGGAGAUGGUCCUCGAAGGGUCACGUACAAUACAAGGCUGGCAGCGGGCCCAGACACAUUGCAUUCUACAACGACGUCCUUUAUACGCUCCUAGAACUCACGAGCGAGCUAUCGGCACAUCAGUUCCCUUCCCUACCCGCGGAGCCGAAGCUACUGGCAAGCGUGCCCACAAUGUCCAAUUUUCCGGGUCUGCCGAGCGAGUUAGGCAUGCUCGCCGCCGAGAUCCUCAUUCCGCCUCCGAAUGCGACGUAUCCCACUCCCUACCUGUACGUUUCGAACCGCAACGACCCCUCGCCCGAGGGCGACGUGAUCGCCAUCUUCUCAGUCGCAGACCCCGCGAAGCUUGCGCCCGCAGCAGAGGUGCGGUCGGGCUUGAACCAUUUGCGUGGCAUGGUUCUCGGUGGAGAGCACGACAAGUACUUAGUCGCCGGCGGGGUUUUUGGCGGCGGUGUGAAGGUCUUCCUGCGGACGGACGGCGGCAAAGGACUGAAGGAGCUUGCCUCGGUAGACUUAAAGGCACCGACAGCGUUCUUGUGGGCGUGAAGAGGUGCAUGUGACGGCGGCAUUUAUUGGUUCUGAUCCAGUGCGCGUUCCGUAAUGAUUUCUUGGCUACGACACCUUCCAUACACAGGAAUGAUAUUGGCGAUGCUGAAUAGACUCUGCUAUCUAGUCUGCCGUCACCUCCAGCAACUGUUGCACACUGACAGAAAUGAGGUGCGCAAGUGAACU